CAACAUAAGUCACGGGAAACCAAAUCAUACCAAAAUAAGGAAUCCACAAACAGUUUUGGGGGGGAUCAGGAGUGGAUGAUGCGUCGGGCCUGUGCAGGCGCGCUAACCCGGCGAGGGGCUAAAGUUUGGAAACAUUAAGGGACUCACAAUGGAUGCUUGUGUUUGUGUACAGGUUGGGGAGGUUUGGGCCAACUCAAUUUAAGAGUUUUCCUCCUUGCACGGAUGCGGUUUCGGGAAUCGACAACAUGUAAGUUUUGAUAGCAGAGCGGCGCCCUCGUUGUUACUCAAUGGACGGAUUACCACUUGGCUCACUUUGUUAUCAGUGCUCGCAAACACACGUUCUCAAAGAGUCGUUGUUGCUACAUUCACGUUAGGCUGCGUGGGGGAAGAGAAGAACAAAAAAAAAGACCACAACUCCAAAAAGGUGCUUGGAUCCGUAAUUCUCGUGGAGCUAAAAAAAAAAUGUGUGCGUGAAAAUCUAACAAAGAAAGACAUGAACAAUGGCAGCGAGAGGGAGGAAGAAUGCGCCUGUGUAUCGCAGCGUUUCUUUCAAAAAGUUUGCGUCCUGGAGCGACAGCGGGACUGAAGACCAGCAGCACAACCCAGAGGACUCGGAGGCGGCUGGUGUCGCCCUUCCCCCGGAGCCCAGCAAAGCAGAACAGCCCCUGGCGACGCGUAAUGUCAGCGUGUCCAGAAAAGUUUCCAAAAUCUCUUCGACCGCCGCCACCACCAGCACCACCGCCGGCCUCCCGACCGCAGAUCCGAAGAGAAACUCCUCUGCUCCUUUCUCCUCUAUUUCCCCAUCCAUCCGACAGCUCACCGAGAGGUUCAGCAGCAGAUCCGCCGGGACGCGCGCAGCUUCCCCCGCAGACGGCGCAGCGGUGACGCCGGGGAGCGGCACUCUUCCCCGGGCAACGGGCUCCACGAGAGACCGGUCCCCGUGUCGUAAAUCUUCUCACCAGGACAGUGGUGGUGGAUAUAUCCUGCACAGUGAUAGUACUGCCACUACUACUACUACCACUACUACUGCUACUGCUACUACUGCUGCAGCAGCAGAGUCACAGACGGACAACAAAGUGCAAAAGUUUUACUCCGAAACGGAGUCGGAGUCUGAGCAGAAGAGUGAGAGGUGGAAAUUUAAACGUUUAUCCACCGACAGCAACUCUGGUAAGAGAGAUUAUUCUCAUGUUAAUGCAUGUCCCUCUGAUCAUAGAAAGCCUGUGACCACCGAUGAGGAAGAGGAUGUUACUGUCAGAGGGGUUCCCGCAGCGUGUAAAUCUCACAGAAGUUACUGCUUUACACACCACGGUGACUUUAUUCCCCCGCACUCUGACAAGUGGCCCAGUGUCACCAAAAUCAGACAACUUUUCGAUGAGAGUCAAGACGCAAAGCAUAAGACCGACUCCUCUGAGAAUCUAAAAGCAGCCAGCAGAGGACAUUUACACGAGCUCAGCCCCAGUGAGAGUGCCUUUCUUUCGGAUAGAAGUGACAAACUCUCGCCUUGCAGCUCUGCUAAUGAGGGUAAUGUCCUUGCUUUGCAUGGCAAAUGCAUAGUUGGAGCUCAAAGCAGAGAAGGCAACACCGUUAAACAGACUUUUUAUGCAGGUAUGGACUUUUACUCCAAAACCGACCACCAGCUGCUUUCAAAUGAUGAGGAGGCAGCCGUGGAGAAACAAAGUUCCAAUAACACUAAAGUUUUUGGCGUAGAUACUUUUCAAAGCGGCAGCAGUAGCGGCCGUGGUUGCGCCGGAGGUGGACGCUUCCAGAGGAUUAACCCAUCUCCAGACAGAUCUCACAGUCCCCACACUGAGUCAGAGGCUGCCCCCAAGUCCCUCAGGACGACGGGGCCGACAUCUGACCCCGGCCCUGACCUUCAACCCCUUGCUACUUCGUCUCGGAGUCAGACGGAGAGCUUCGACACCUCCUCCUGCUCUUCCUCUAUUCAGCGGCCAACAGUGAGGGAGAGAAGGGACAGACAGGGGGUCGGGCUGCCCAGGGAUAGUUUACAUUCCUCACAUAGCUCCUCUAGAGCUCCAGCCCCCACCCCCUCCUCUGCUCCAGGUCCAGAUAAAGCCAUUACCUCCUCCUGUACUGUACCUCCCUCCGCGGAGGUAAGAGCCCCGGCAAGAGUUGUCUCUCCUCUCCGGUCCCGCUGGAGGUUUAGCUCUGGAGACGAAGAGGAGGAGCACACUAGGAGAAGAAGAGGAGGAGGAGGGGGUGGUGGAGGCGGUUGGAGUGUUCCUUCUGGCCCGGCUCCUUGCAUCUCCUACAGAGCAGGAGAACGGGGCACCACCGAGCGAGGAGGUGGCUAUUUUCCCCGCAGUAAAAAUGGCUGGUGGGGUGCUAAGGGCAUCGGUAGGUCCUCAGGCAGUGAGGAGGACAGCCCUGGUUCUAUAGGCCCCCACAGCCGAGAGGCCGUGCGCCGCCGCUCGCUGAGGAAGAAGAAGAAGGUCAGCGGAGCUGCUUUUGCAACGGGCCGCGAUGAUCACGAUGGUGAGUCAGAAGACAGCGACAGGGACACGACUGUGACAAUGGAGCAUCCAGAGAGGCAAAACCAGCAAAAGGCCGGGGGUGAAUUGGCAGGAACUGUAUGUCGGAGCCACUCUGUAAAAGAACCCAGCAGUAACAGAGCCAGGGUGCAGCAAUGGGAGCGCAUCUCCUCACCUGCGACAUCCACGACACUUCCCGGUGUAUCGCGAGUGUCAAAGGUCAAUAUCCCCCCUUUUUUGUCCAGUCCUGGUGGUUCACUUUGCAGCAGUCGAUACUCCAGCACUGAGACUCUGAAGGAGGAGGACCAGGCUGGCUGCGCCAACCGUGCAGCAAGUGUGUCUUUCAUCGCGGUUGGAAAAGGAGGUAAUACUGGCAAAACUGCAUCCUUGUCCAUGCUGAGUAAAACAUACCAUGGGAAUUUUACCAUGUACCGCUCCCCAAGCUUUGGCCACGGGGAUAACUUCUCCCGUACCCCUCUGCGCCCUAAGAUUGUGUCUACAGUCACCCCCUCAUCUAGUGUACUUGCCAGAGAAGGCGGGCCAUCGACAGCCGUUGGGGUUGGUGAGAAUACGACAUCAAGCAGAGCAAAGGGUGGGGAUGGUGAUACUAAGAAAAACCAUAUAUCCAUGUCCAACCCUGAUAUCGCCUCAGAAACUAUGUCGCUCUUAAGCUUUCUGAAGUCUGACCUGUCAGAGCUCAAGGUGAGAAAAAUAAGUGGAGAUAAGUCCUGGGCCCCAGACGGGUCCCCAGUGUACAGGAUGGGUUUACGGAAUCAAGUCAGUAAUCCGCUGCCUUCUGGUUGUCGGCCGUCACUGAAAGACCUAACCGCCACCUUGCGGCGUGCAAAAUCCUUCACUUAUUCAGACAAACCCACUACAGCAGUGAGGUGUUACUUGACAGGCGGCGCCGCGAAGAGGAGCUCUUCUGAGCAGCAGCUUGAUUUAGAUGGAGAGGAUGACGGAGGGAGGGUGUUCGUGACUGAGAGGGAGGUAGAAAGUGAUGGGGGGGAUUUUAGGGUUGGGAGACGACAAAGAAUGAGGGAUUACGGAUUUGAUAAUGAUGACGAGGAAGGGACGCCAACUCCAUUGCAGGAGAGGUACGUGCAGGAAGCCAGGCAGGUCAUUCGAGAUAUCUGCCAGAUGAGUACUAGAGAAGAUGAUGAUGUAGACAUGAAGAGAGCUGAUGGUGAUAUGGAGGAUGAGUGUUUCCUGGUCAAGAAAACCAAUGAGGAAAAGGAGAAAGGAGGAGUGAUUGUUGAGGAUCAGGCAAGGACGGACCAAGGGGAUGACUUUAAGAACACAAAAGACAGGGAUAAACAUGAGAGGGAGAGCGAGAACAGGGAGAGGGAGAGGAGCAGGAGGGAUGGACAAAGUAUACAGUUGGAGAAGCUCAACAGCAGGGGCACAGAGUACAGGGAGAAGGAAAGGAGACAGAGCAGGGAGACGGAGAGCGCCUUACUGAAGGGCCACUCGGAGGAAAGCAUGUUCUACGACCGCUCUGUGGAUGAGCUUUCAGGCCAUGAGUCUAGUUUAACAGACGAAGGGAUUGUAACAGAGCCAGAGACGGGCCCAAGUGACCCCUCUGAGAGGUCAUUUCUGGGCUCAGCGGGGGUUAAUUUGGGGUCACGAAUUGCCAAGGAUGUGCUCGGGCAGCCUGUUACCGUAUGGAAGCAAUCGGCCCUCCAUCAGGCUGAGAGGUUUCAGCAGGAAAGACGAGAGGUAACGGAGAAUAGCGUGAAUUGUAAAAAUCGUCUAACCGAAGUCGACGUACCUCCCGCCUCGCCUCAUCCUCCCCGCAUGGCCGAGAGUGACCGCAUGAUCAUGGAGCCGAGCGCCACUGCUGGUAUCAAUAAUGUCAACGCUGCCUGCGACGAGAUCAACACCAACGCCGCUGUGUCACAGAGGUCGGCUGGCACCACAGGAGGAGGACUCGAAGCCCCAGCAACACCCAGUUCCAACCGACGAAGGCGCAAGUUCUCCCCUUCUGGUAUCAACAACACAGGCUCGGAUUCCAGCAACGGCAGUAACGCAGAGUCAACAAUGGCAGCUGUUGGAAAUGGGGAGUCCACAGUCUACCGCUCUCUCAGUGACCCGAUGCCUCAGCGGCAUUGCUCCGCCACAGAAGAAGGGAAUAACACUUUUUCCUCUGUGGACAGCAAUCUGUUAGGAUCCCUAUCCGUCAAAGGUGGAGGUGGCGCUGCAGAUGCCUCGGCUGUGGCCACCAUGUCAGAGUAUAAAGGCAGUGCUGCCAGUGACUUGUCAGUGUACAGUGAUGGCGGGCUCCUCCGGGAUGAUGCCAUUCAUGACUACAGUGGGGUGAUCAGGAGCAUCGUAGCUGAGCCAGGUGCCAUGGACAGACUGAUGACGGAUGACCACGGCAAUGGCAAAUUUCCCAAGAAGAAGUCGUUCAGUGACCCCAGUCGCCGUAGCGAUGCCCCUUUACUGAAUGACCCUCAAUUUAAAUGUCAGACCGGCAGCACCGAGCCAAUCGGUGAGUUGGAUCUGCCUGGUCAGAUCCCACCUUCCAGCAGCGAGCCCAUCCUGAGUGAGCAGAGAGAGGAACUAUGGAAGCCAGAGGCGAAGCCUAAACACACACCGCUGACACAGCCGGUCGUAAAAAACGUCAAAGCUCGUUCCCAGUCUGACUCCACCCUUCUGUCUGACAACCGUGACGAUGAGGAUGAUGAUUUAAUAGACCAAGGUGAAGAAGAGACCGAGGUGCAGCAGUUUAACUUCAACCUCAAGCUGGCUGAGGUUCUGUCCCCCAGAAUGGUUCGUCGGCCCACCAGAAAGCGUCCAAAUAGGGCGGGUCAGUUUUUCCCUCAUGAGGACCCAUUUGAGCCCUCAGAACAGGGCUCAGAGGAGCAGGAGGACCACGGCCACCAAACCGACCUCACACCUCUGCAAUCCAAAGCCAAAACGAGAUCCAAGCAUGUCCGCCACGCCAGCGAACCUGCCGCCUUCCUCCCCAUCUCCCCACCGCCACAACUCCAGCCACUGAAGGAAGUGGACUCCUUCUCAGUCGCAUCCACUGCAGAGCCUCAGACCUCAGGUAAACCUCCAGGAGAGGAGGCCCCAUCUCUGGAGGCCGUGACACAGAAAUAUAUUCUGGGCACUGCCGAGUGCCCGGGGCCUCCUCCAGCAGCCAGGGAUGGAGCGGAAGCUUCCGCGUUGCCUUCCGAGGGGCCCAGCGAGACCAGUACCACUGGAAUUACAGAAGCUGGGGCACAGAAGAAGCGCACAGAGGACACUGCAUCCGCAGCUACGCCACAGAGGACCAAGCCAAAAGUGGACAUGAGGAAACAUGUGAUGAUGACCCUCUUGGAUACGGAGCAGUCAUACGUGGAGUCACUACGCAGCCUCAUUCAGGGCUACCUGCGUCCUCUCAAGCAGCCGGACUGCGGCUGCAUAGUGGACCCUCUGCUGGUGGACGAGAUGUUUUACCAGAUCCCCGAGAUCCUGGAGCACCACGAGCACUUCCUGGAGCAGGUCGCCGGCUGCGUGGGCCAAUGGCACGAUAGGCAGACCGUCGGACACUUUCUCAUCCAAUCGUUCUCCAAAGAGACUCUGGCUAAUAUGUACUCAGCGUACAUAGACAACUUCCUCAAUGCCAAAGAUGCCGUGAGGAUUGCCAAGGAGGCCAAGCCGGCGUUUCACAAGUUUCUGGAGCAAAACAUGCGUGAAAACAAAGAGAAGCAGGCCCUGGGGGAUCUGAUGAUCAAACCGGUCCAGAGGAUUCCUCGAUAUGAGCUGCUGGUGAAGGACCUGCUCAAGCACACCCCAGAGGACCACCCGGACCACCCGUACCUCCUGGACGCCCAGAGAGACAUCAAGCGUCUGGCUGAGAGGAUCAACAAGGGUCGCCGCUCCGCCGAGGAGGCGGAGAGGGAGGCCCGGGUCAUCCAGGAGAUCGAGGCACACAUAGAGGGAGUUGAACACAUUCUGAACCCGCAGAGGAAGUUCUUGAGACAGGAAAUGGUCAUGGAGGCGAAGACAGUUGGCGGGAAGAAAGACCGCUCUCUCUUCCUCUUCAGUGAUCUCAUCAUCUGCACCACUCUCAAGAGGAAGUCUGGCUCGCUGAGACGCAGCUCCAUGAGCCUAUAUUCUGCUGCAAGCAUGAUCGAUACCUCCAGUAAAUACAAGUUCCUGUGGAAGCUCGCCCUGGAGGACGUGGAGGUGGUGAAGAGCUCCACUCAGGCAACAAACAAGGAGAACAUCCAGAGGAUGAUCAGUCGACUAGACGAGGAUCUCGGCACUCUGGGUCAGAUCAGCAAACUGUCUGAGAACUUGAGCUUCCCACAUCAGUCCCUGGACGAGGUGCUGAAGGACCUGGUGGCGUCGGUGCACAGGGAGCUGUCGGAGAAGCAGUCCCUGGCCUUCAGCAUGACCUUCCUGCCCACAAAGCUGGAGUUCACCACGGCGUCGGCUGAGAGCAGCUUCGUCUUCGAGUUUGCGUCGCCUGACAUGCGCUCCAACUUUGAACAGGCCUUUGAGGACGCCAAGAAGAAGUUAGCGAUGAAUAAGGACCAGUGGGACCCGGAGUUUCUGAAGGCCAUUCCUAUUAUGAAGACGCGCAGUGGAAUGCAGUUCUCGUGUGCCUCUCCCAGCCACAGCUGUCCCGACAGUGGCUGUGAGGUGUGGGUGUGUAACAGUGACGGAUACGUGGGGCAGGUGUGUCUGUUGAAUAUCAAGGAUGAGCCCACAGUUGAGGCCUGUAUCGCUGUCUGCUCAGCCAGGAUCAUCUGCAUCGCUGCCGUACCUGGACUCAAGGGGAGGGAGCGAGGAUCGGAGCCCGCCCCGGCCGCCGCCUCCGGUCACACCCAGCAGCAGCUCCACAUAUCCAUCGGCCACUCGUCUCUGGAGCUCACAGAGCGCCGCGCAGGACCAGCAGGGGCGGAGCUUGUUCCCUUUGACAGUGAUGACACGGACGACGAGGAUUCCCCCAGCCCUUCGUCGACCCUGCAGAGUCAGGCCAGUCACUCCACCAUAUCAUCCAGCUACGGCAAUGACGAGGGCCCGAGCUCCAAGGACAUGGCCACGGAGACCACCAGCAGCGAGGAAGAGCAGGAGUUCCCGGUGGCGAGCUCCUACGGCGCCCCGGGGGCGUCGGGGGUCGGCGGCGGCGGCGGAGGCCGCGGCCACACGGAGAGCGCCAUGGACGGCCGCGCCAUGCGCCGCUCCUCCCGGGGCUCCUUCACCAGGGCGAGCCUGGAGGACCUCCUCAGCAUCGACCCGGAGGCCUACCAGAGCUCCGUGUGGCUGGGCACGGAGGAUGGAUGCAUCCAUGUGUACCAGUCGUCGGACAACAUCCGUAACCGCAAGAACAGCAUGAAGAUGCAACACUCGGCCUCCAUCCUCUGCAUACUGUAUUUAGACAACAAAGUGUUUGUGGCGUUGGCCAGUGGAGAGGUGAUCGUCUACCAGAGAGAAGCAGGGAGUUUCUGGGACCCUCAGUCUUCUCAGACGUUAGUUCUGGGCACGCCCAGCAGCCCCGUCACCAAAAUGGUUCCAGUGGGAGGAAAGCUGUGGUGUGGCUCCCAGAACCGAGUGCUUAUUAUCAACACAACCACCUUGGUACAAGAGCACUGGUUCCAGGUGGGCACAGACAGCAGUCGGUGUGUGACCUGCAUGGUGGCGUACGGUCAGGGUGUGUGGUUGGCGCUGCAGGGAAGCGCUCAGGUCAAACUCUACCACGCUCAGACCUUGGAGAGCCUGACGGAGGUGGACGUGGCGCCCGCCGUGCAUAAGAUGCUAGCAGGUGCGGACGCGAUUAUCCGACAGCACAAAGCCGCCUGUCUGAGAAUCACAGCGCUGCUGGCCUGUAAGGAUCUGCUGUGGAUCGGCACCAGUGCAGGAGUGGUCCUCACGCUGGUGAUCCCAGCAGUGAGCUCGGGAACUGUGGCCGGGACACUGAAGGUUCCCCAGGUGCCGAUGGGCUCCGCUCACGGACACACGGGACACGUUCGCUUCCUGACAUCCAUUGAACUACCGGAAGGGUUCGACAUGAACUUCCCGCCCACGCCGACGGACUCCACAGGCAACCAGUGUCAGAGCAGCAGCAGCGCAGUCGACGCGAACCUGCAGAGGCGGGACUCGGCGCGGCGCCGAGCCUCCGCCCACAUCCCGUCGAAAAGCAACCACCUGGUCAUAUCCGGCGGCGACGGCUACGAGGACUUCAGACUCACCAACAGCAGCGAGACGGUGGGACGGGACGACAGCACCAACCACCUCCUGCUCUGGAAGGUCUGAGACCCCCUGGCCGGGGGAACGCCCGGCGCACAAGCUGCUGUCCUUUUCCCUGUCGGGCUCCUCGGGUCUUCGGUGUCGUUGUUUUGGUCUUCUGCUCAGUCCGCCGGUCUCUAUGUGCGUAGCUUGGCUGCAAACUCCCUUCCCGGACUUUCUAAUGGACUUAAAAGCCCGGUCUUUGGUGUUAAAAGGUUUCUGGUGGUGUGCGUAUUUUUUUGUUUUUUUUUAUCUGAGUGCUGUCCGUGCGUGUGUAUUUCGUUAUUUGUUUCCUCUGCAGGUAGAAGAUGUCUAGAAAGGGGUCUUUGAACUCAGUCUUCACCGAAGAAGACCGAGAUGGGGAGAAGGAACAUGUCACAUAUGGAUGUAUGUUUAGAAGAAGAGAAGAACACGAUGAGGUUGCACAGGUCAGCCAAGUGAAGCCAGUGCCGUUGGGGGACUGAGACAUCAACCCUUUACUCCAUCAUCACUUCAUCUAAGCCUGAACUGCAGAGAAAAUUCCUCCUUGCGAUCGUAGGUAAAUGUCAUGUAAAAACAUAUUAAUAGAAACUAAGUGAAACAAAGCUUCACAGUCUGCAGUUUGAUCCCGAAUUCGCUUUCAUUUCUGCAGUUCGCUUAAUGUUUGUGUCCUUUUAAGAAGUUAAAGACGGCGCUGGCAGAUCUUAGAUCAGAUAUUUUCCCCUCUAGGAUUGUUGUAACAACAUCUCCGCUGUCAUUGCCUGCAGACACCAAACUGCUAAAAUGUUGAGGGAGAUUAAAUAAAACUGAAGUGUGGACAGGGUAUCCAGCAGCACACAUGCACACACACGUUACACACACAAACACACUAAUGCACCGCCUCCUCUCACAAAAUAGGAAGACAUUUUCUUAAUCAGAUUUCCUUAUUUAAUUUUUGUUUGUAAUUUUAUGAUGUCGUGAACAGAGUAGAAAAAGUGCAUUGGAGACGUUCCUCCUUCACAUGACUAUGCCAAAGCUUUGAAUGCGUUUCAGAUUUGACGUGACUUUUUUUUAAAAUUUGAUUUUGUUUAGCAGAAAUCAGGAGCUGAGGUCUUUGACUUCUGUGGCGCUGGGCUGCGGUAGCAGAUAACGAUAGUUCUGUACAGUAUUUAUGGCUUUGAUUUUAGCGCCGUCUAUUUUUCAGCACUUAAUUUAUAGAAGACGUAGUUUUCACUUUUUGUUUGAGUUGAAGAACAAGGACGAGGCCCCGUCUCCAUGAGCACAGUAGAAAACGAAGCAUAGUUUGGUUUGGGCAGACGGACACACACACACACACACACCUACACACAUACACACAGAGUUAAAAGUCUCUCUCGCACAACAGUAGACAUGUGUGAAAGUGAGAGGUGACGGAUUAAUGGGGUUGAGCAGUAAUAGUUUUUUGAUCUCUCCAAGCCUAGAAAACAUCAUUGCCAUCAUCUUUAUCUUUGUAAGCGUAAAGGUGUGUGUCUGUGUUUCCGUGUGUGUCUGUAACAUCUGUAGGAGCUCUGUUAAGUCAAAAGUACGAGGAAGGACAUUGUGAUUUUCUGCCCAUCAUUGAGGAUGAAUUACAGUUAGCGGGUAGUAGCAUGUAUAGAAGAACGCUCACCAAUUCAAGCAGAUGAUGCAGAAAGAAUUCAACAUUUUGGGCCACACCGCUCUCCUCAACGAGUGGUAUUCCCCUGUUCCCCUGACUUUAAGCGAAAAAAGUGAACAAGAUGAUUUCCCAAAAUGUUCAAUUAUUCCUUGCAAGGUUAAGGUAGCAGAUGGUGUGUUUUUUAUGAUGAAUGAAACACAACAAAAUCAAUAUUUGUGUUCUCGUUGCCAUGGAAACGCUGUAAAUGAAUGCUGGCUGUAGAGAGCGUCACUGGAUCUUAAGUGUGUUAUUUAAGUUCUGGGCUGAAACCCAAACCGUGGCAUCAAUAACUUUCACUUCAGCCAAUUUAGAAAGUUGGUUUUCUUUCACAUCUGGUAAAAUAAAUUGCCUUGAGAAUAUAUUUUUACAUUAACACAGUAAUCACAUACAUAUUAAUGACUGAAUAAUCAUAUCUUCAGCAUCAGCAGCGCUUUAGGUUUUGAGCACAGCGUAAUGAUCUUUACUCUCUUCAUUUUACGCACAUGCAGGCAUUCACUCGAACACGCCGCGUCUCAGAUAUGAAGUAAAACUCGCUUUUUUUUUCACCAGGAUUUAGAGAACAAAACAGAAGAUUUACACAACUUUUGCCGUCACAUCAAACUCUUUCAUCACUGUAACUCUCACUAAAGCUGAAGGUUCAUGGCCGUAUGUGAAAUAAGUCUUUAUUGUUGUAAAUAUUAGUAUAUAUUGCCUUUUUUCUGUAAAUAAUGCACCUCAGUACUCAAUUGUUGAUAUGAAUCUAAUGGCAUAUUUUUAUAUAUUUGUUUAAGGUUUUGUUGUGUUUUUUUUUUCUCCCCUCCCUCCCUCCUCCUUCCUGGCAUGCGCCGUCAGUGACGUUUAAAUUAUAUCUGUCGUGGAUCUUUUCAAAAGAAGACAAGAAGGGCCUCUGUUGUUACCAAGGCUACAGGUUAAAGCGUUUUGACAUUGAGGUUUGAGGCCUUGAGGCCAUGUUCGCUAUGAAAAUGUUUGCAUCGUCACAGUUGUAUGCAGGAAGGGGACAAAAAACAAAAACCUGGUCACAACUCUGUUCAUCCGGCUCCGGUUGCAGUUGUCAUGGUUACAGUGUAUCAAAGUUACGGCCUGUAUGUAGCUGUUCUUGUUUUGUCACUGUGGGUUCCUCUUUGUAAUUAAAUCAGUUCACUGGUG